UAUUUACAUUUCUCGCAUUGGCCUGGCCUUGAAAUAAGCCAAAUUAGAAACUCUCAAAAUAUGUUGCCUUAUUUGUUUUCCCAGGAUUUCAAUAUUCAAAAUUUGAGUAAGAUGAAAUUCCGCAAUUGAUUGACACUCCUCUUCACGCCUCUAUUUAUGCUCGAAGCGAAAACACCAUUUCAUCAAUUACGCCAAAUGAUCUAACCCUAGAACUUGCAUCAAACAGACGCCCCGCAGUGUUUGUCAAAAUGCCUCGCCGAAGAAAUACCUCUAAACCCAAGAAAAACAAAAAGGGGGUCAAGAAAACAAACUGGCUUGAUCUUCCUGAUGAUGUAACUGCAAACAUACUCAAAAGGUUAGAUCUCUAUGAGAUUCUUGAGAGUGCGCAGAAGGUCUGCGCUGCGUGGCGUAGAAUCUGCAAAGACCCCGCUAUGUGGAAAGUUAUUAUCAUGGAAAAUCAUUGGAGUCCGGGUGAUAUGCCUUAUGAUCUUAUGAAAAUGUGUAAGCAUGCUAUUGAUCGCAGCCAAGGCCAGCUUGUUGAUAUUUAUAUCGAGUAUUUUGGCACUGAUGAGCUGCUGGAGUACCUGGCUCAAGGUGGAAGAUCAAGUCAGCUGAAACGUCUUCAAAUUUCAUCUUGCUAUGGAAUGAUAUAUGAAUCUUGGAGUGAAUUCCUAAAAAAUUGCCCUUUACUGGAGGAAAUUGAACUUACUUUUACCUGUAUUUCAGAAGAGGCUGUUGCCAAUGCUGGUCAAUAUUGUCCAAUGCUUAAGAUAUUCAAAUAUAAUGACAGAGGUUAUAUGCAUGACGGGCGACCCUUUGACCAAGAAAUUGCUGAUGAGGAAGAUGAAUUUGUUAUGGCUAUUGCAAAAGGCAUGCCUCAAUUACGCCACCUAGAACUCAUUGGCAGUGGAAUGACGAAUAAGGGUUUGCAAGCCAUUCUAGAUGGCUGUCCUCAACUUGAGUUCCUUGAUCUACGUCAGUGCUUCUACAUCAAUCUUGAUGGGAGCUGCGGAAAUCUGUGUAUGGAAAGAAUUAAAAAAUUGAUGCUCCCUUGAGACUCGCUGAAAGGACACAAAUUUGCACUUGACAACAGUGAGGACUAUCGUGCCAUGUGUGGUGAUCAUUGUGCCACGUAUAAUGAUAUGUAUGAUGACAAUGAUGAUUCUGACCUUGAAGACUAUGAAGGGUUAUCUGAUUAUGAUAUAUAUUGUGGUCCGUACUAUAAUCCUUUUAGUGAUGAUCCGGAUCUAGGUGCAUUAUCUUCUUUCAGAGAAAUGUUGGCAAUAAUGCAAGCAAUGUAUGUUGGAAACUCGUCUGAUUCGGAAUAAGAAACUACAGACAGUUCGCUCUCCCUUUUCAAGUGAUGAUCUGCUGCCAGUUUUUUUGUUUUUUAAAUCAUGAAUCCAUUUUGGCAAUGUUUUUAAUCAAAUUUUAAACAUGUCACUUCCUUGGAAACUUUAAUAUUUUUCAUCCAACUGUCAA